AUGUCCCAUUUCUGGUCCCUCUACGCAUCAGCCGUGCCUGACAAAUGCGAUGGCCUUCGACCGUCUUGUUCCGCCUGCCGAGCCUCUGGCCAGGCAUGUUCGUACGAUCCACAUGCGAAGAAACGUGGUCUGCCGGAGGGCUACGUUCGCGGUCUUGAGAAGCUUUGGGCUCUGUCGAUCUGCAAUAUAGAUGGCUUCGAAGAUACUAUGCUGGCCCUUUUGGGCACAACACCUGACUCUGCUGGCCGAAGGGAUAAGCUUUUGACCUUGUGGAUGGACGACAGUGCUUCAGAAACGUUGCACGAGUCCUGGAAAACCAGUCGCCUCUAUGGCACGUUGGAGAAGAUGUUGUCGCACUCCGAUACGUCUUCAUCGCAUGGUUCGAGCAAGAGGCCACGGGACGAAAAUGAUACCGGCUCGUUAGAUUCGACAAGCGAAUGGGGUUUCAGACUUGACCGCAGUUCUACACCUUUGGCACAGGAUGCGCCUCGGGUGGUAGGACUUCCCUCUUCCCAAAAUGUCAAGAGACCUCGAUUGUCACAGUCGGGUGACGGCGUGUCGGUACCGCAAGCCACUGGCAGAGUGCAACCUUUGAAACUUCCUCCUCAAACAUCGCAGCUGUUGGACACAUAUUUCGCAGUCACUCAUUCCUGGUUCCCGGUCGUGGCGAAGCAUAAUAUCCUUCGAGCAUCCUAUCUUUACGCAAGCGCCCCUCUGUCCGUUGAGAGCAUGUCACCUGGAUCCGGUGACCACGCCGCACUGUGGGCAGUUCUCAGUUACACGAUUUCUCACUCGCGAACCAAUGCACGGGAUGGGGCUUUCGGGGUUCUCGCCACAACAAAGGAGUAUUACACCAUCGCUCGAAGCCUGAUACCUUCCGAAACGGCACGUUACGAGCUUGGGCAUGUGCAGGCGCUUCUGUUGCUGACUUUGGUGAACAUCGGGCUUGAAGAUUGGACGGCCGCUUGGCUGCUAAGCGGUCAAGCGGUGCGCAUGGCUAUUUCCAUGAAUCUAGGCUCACUUGCAGACAUAAGGCGCUCCGACGAGCUGCGGCAAGGUAAAGCUGUAUAUCUCGGCUGCUUCGUCGUUGACUCUUUACUUUCCUUUCGAAUAGCACGGAGACCGUGCAUGCACCCUCGAGAUCUGACUACUGUCGGGUUGCUUGAAGAAGACGGCCUAGAAGAAUGGAAUUCUUGGGCUGACGUUCUGCCCGCCAAAGGAACUGCUCAGGGAAGGACACCUCGACGCGGCCCCCUUCUUGCCCUUAGCUGCUUCAACCGGCUGGUAGAGCUGGCUAGUGUUUUGAACAAAAUAGCCCGUGACGCAGUUGGCGGGCCUAAUGCUCAUAAGUUUGCGCAACAACUGGUGCUCGAACUGAAACAAUGGGACGAUCGUCUGCCCCUUGGAUGCCGUCUCAUUGGACCUGAAAGUAUCUAUCCUGAACGGCACUCGUCUCUACUUCCACAUCAGACCUAUCUAGGGUUGACGUACGUUGCUACACUAUUAUGGUUGUAUUUGCGUAUUGCUCCUCAGGAGCUCGACUUGCAUCGCUCUCAGCGGCCUGCCAUCGAAGGUGCGAAGAAACUUCUAUUCCGCGCCCUGCCUAUGAUUUCCCAACACCUGGAAAAUUUUCCUACGUGCAGCCUUCCUCCUAUCUUUGAGCUUUCUUUACGCACCAUCGCCGAGCAAGCAUCUGUUUUGCAAAGCAAGAUCGAGUCUGACACGUUUCCUUUCGCGCGAUGGGCGGAAGCGUUAAUUCAACGAACUGAGGAACUCGGCUCUACAUGGCCCCUCUACCGUUCACUGAACACAGCUAUUGAAAAAUCGUAUCGCCUCAGAAACGUGCCGGGACAUUCAUUAUCUUUCCAGCCGCCCUGUGAGGGCAGUUUUUCAAGAAACAGACAUGCCUUGUCCAACGCUGUGUCCACGAUUACCACCACAAUGGGUGCAGCUCCAGGAACCCGAAAUCCACCAGCUGUCAGCCGAACAUACUCUGACAUCCGAGGAUUCCAGCCUGGUGCGAGCGAUUCCGAUAAUACGUCCACCAUACUCGGCAUAAGCAUCCCUGUAGACGCCCAAUAUAUGACUCUCAAGGAUUCGACAAUGGAUACUGGCGACCUUUCAAUGCUGGAUAUAUCCUUUCAGCAACAAAUAGGAGGCGAUUCUUCGAUUUUUAGCAAAUCCAAUUCAGCAAAUGGGCUAGAAGCGGCGUUGCUUCCAUCAGCUCAAAGUCACCCUCACCCACCAACCCCGGAUUCCUCAAGCUCUAAUCCAACCAUACCUGGCAAAGCCAACUCAUCUAUGACCGAUGGUCAGACCGCACCCAGUGAUAUUGAUGCUAUUUUCAAAGACCUUGCAUAUCUGGACACUACCGAUUGGGCUACAAGUCGUGAGGCAGGCUUGAAGGAUUUUGGAUUUCUUGAUGACAGUACAUUCCAGGCAUUUUGUCAUGAUCCAGAUCGUUUGGUCGGAUCUCAGCCGCUGGUUCACCCGCCGUCUAUUGCCGACAUCUGGCCUCCCCCGGGAUUUUUCCCGGAGACCUUCCAAGAAUCUACCGACGACAUGGAAAGUUAA